CUGACGAUGGACGGUGUUCUGAGAUCGGUAUGAGUGUCCUUCAACAAGGAGGAAACGCUAUUGAUGCGUCGGUGGCCGCUGCUCUCUGUUUGGGCGUUGUGAGUCCAGCAUCUAGCGGUAUAGGAGGUGGAGCGUUUACAGUGGUUAAGAUAGCUGGCGGGGAGGCUAUUGCUUAUGAUUCUAGAGAAACAGCUCCUCUACGUGCCACUGAGGAGAUGGUGAUGAUUAUGUAUCAACAAAUGGAUAUGUAGUUUACAUAGGGCAUCAUCCGGUGUCGUGGUCUUCUAAGAAACAAAAGAGCAUCGCUCGUUCUUCCACGGAAGCGGAGUAUCGUUCUGUAGCAAACACUUCCUCCGAGUUGAUUUGGAUCACUUCAUUACUUCAUGAACUUGGGAUUCCACUUACUGGAACUCCAACCAUUUAUUGUGAUAACUUGGGUGCCACAUACUUGUGUGCUAAUCCCGUGUUUCAUUCUCGUAUGAAACAUGCUGCGUUAGAUUAUCAUUUCAUCAGGAAUCAAGUUCGAUCAGGUGCCUUACGUGUGGUUCAUGUCUCUACAAAAGAUCAACUGGCAGACACUAUGACCAAGCCACUUUCAAGACAAUCAUUCACUUCAGUUAUUGGCAAGAUUGGAGUGAUGAAGCUUCCCCCCUCCAUCUUGAGGGGGCGUAUUGAGGGACAAUCAUCUACAUGAUUGAUAUCGUAUCAUCUAGAUUAGGAUAGUGAAUAUAUUGUCAUUUAUUAUAAUCGUGAUACCCUAACUCCUCUUGAUAAUAUGUAUGGGAGCAAUCCUGAUCUAAAGAAGAAAGGAAUCUUAUCAGCAGGCGUUCCAGGGGAACUAGCAGGAUUAUACACAGCUUGGAAACAACACGGAAAGCUCCCAUGGAAGCAGUUAGUGACUCCUGCAGAGAAACUUGCAGAAGGAGGAUUCAGGAUUUCAAAGUAUCUCUACAUGCAGCUGAACGCGACAAGAGCAGAUGUCUUGGCAGACAAAGGUCUCUCUGAGCUAUAUGUUUCUAAUGGACAGUUCAAGAAACCAGGGACGAUUAUCCAUAACAGAAAAUUGGCUUUUACACUCAAGCAAAUAGCUGAGAAUGGUCCAAAAGCGUUUUACAAUGGCACGGUGGGUGUUAGCCUAGCGAGCGAUAUUAGUAAAGCUGGAGGGAUAAUAACUUUGAAAGAUCUGCAAAGUUAUAGAGUUAAAGUUCGAAAACCGUUGUCCGCAAACAUUCUUGGAUACGAACUACUCGGUAUGCCUCCUCCUUCAUCAGGUGGCGCUGCAAUGAUGCUUGUUUUGAACAUUCUUUCUCAAUACGGGAUUCCAUCAGGUGUUUCGGGCUCUCUUGGUGUUCAUAGACUAAUCGAAGCUCUGAAACACGCUUUCGCGGUUAGGAUGAACCUUGCUGAUCCAGAUUUUGUAGAUGUUACUAAGGUUGUUUCAGAUAUGCUGUCUCCAGAAUUUGCAAAAGACUUGAAGACCAAGAUAAACGAUGACAAAACCUUUGAUCCAAAAUAUUAUGGCGGCAUGUGGAAUCAAAUCAACCAUCAUGGAACAUGCCAUUUCUCGAUCAUAGAUAGCGAGAGGAACGCUGUUUCGAUGACUACUACAGUAAACGGUUACUUUGGGGCAGUGAUGCUAUCUCCAAGCACUGGAAUCGUUCUAAACAACCAAAUGGAUGAUUUCACGAUCCCAUCAAAGUCCAGCGGUGACCUAAAUGUGCCGCCUCCAGCACCGGCUAGCUUCAUCAGACCCGGGAAACGACCAUUGUCCUCAAUGUCACCCACCAUUGUGCUCAAGGACGGUAAAGUUAAAGCUGUGGUGGGUGCUAGCGGUGGAGCGAACAUCAUCGCCGCGACAACAGAAGUUUUCUUGAAUCAUUUUUUCCUCAACAUGGAUCCUCUUUCUUCUGUUUUGGCUCCAAGAAUCUACCAUCAGCUGAUACCAAACAAAAUUUCGUUUGAGAAUUUGACGACAGUGUUCGGUGAUCAUUUCGAGAUACCUAAAGAGACAAGAGUUGUGUUGGAAAAGAAAGGUCAUGUUCUAACGCCAAUGACCGGAGCCACGAUUGUUCAGUUCAUAGUUCAGGAAUCAGAUGGAAAUGCUGGCGGAAUGAGUAAGCUUGUGGCAGUUAGUGAUCCAAGGAAAGGAGGGUUCCCCUCUGGAUACUGAGUUUGUAUUUAGUUUUGCUGCCAUUUUUAAUUUAUUGACGAAUAAAAUAAAUAAAAUUUUGUAUUGUUUUUUUUUCUUUUUGCAAUAAUGUUGAUCCAGAUAUAUAUGUAUAAUUCUACAAUCUCAAUAUGGGGAAUAUUGGAAUUAGAGGUUCCAUUAAACGACCAACCUUAAUGCUAAUGCACGUUAGUGGGAGCUACAUAUACAACCAGAGAUUUCUCACAAAUGAUCUUCAACCUUGAAAUGAUGCACGGUUCGUCGUGUAAAAAUACAAAUUUAAAGAGUAGUUCGAGUUGUUCAGAAAAUUGAAUAUAGAGUAGUCAAAUAUUGAAAAUUUAAAUUAGCCGUCAGUGC